AUGAUGAUCAAAAACUACUUAUGGGGCUCUUUACUUUUCGGAUUAGCCGCAAUAUUAAGCAAGAUCGAAUCUGUGAACGCUGCUGCUUGGAAAAUGCCGUCCGACUUGAAUUGUCCUGACCCAACAAUCACUCGUGAAGGCAACCGGUGGUUUGUUUUCUGUACUGGUCUGGGUAUCCAAGUUUUGACAAGUACAAACGGCCAUGACUGGAAGCGAUUAAAGCCAGUUUUUCCCAAGGGCCAAGAAUGGUGGAAUCAAUUAGUCCCACAGCAUAAUGACACAAAUGUGUGGGCUCCGGAUAUCUCAUACUUUAAUGGCAAGGCGCAUCUUUUCUAUUCAAUCUCGACCAGUGGCUCAAGAACCAGCGCAAUAGGCUAUGCUACGGCGGAUAGCGUUACGGCUGGCAACUGGAAAGAUCAAGGGGUAGUCACCAGCACUACUGAGCAGGAAAAUCAAUAUAACGCGAUCGAUCCCAAUUUGGUGCUGGAUAAGAAGGGCAAGCCCUGGCUUCUCUUUGGCUCGUUCUUUGACGGUAUCAAAAUUACGGCUUUGAACCGCAAGACUAUGAAGCCCGUUGGUCCAUUGCAUUCUGUGGCCCGUAAAGAGGGAGGUAUUGAAGGCACUAUCCUCACUUACCACGGUGACUACUGGUACCUCUUUGUAUCGCUCGGUCACUGUUGCCAAGGGCUCCAAUCCAACUACAGAAUUGCGGUAGCCCGCUCAAAGAAAAUUGCUGGUCCCUACUUUGAUCGUGAUGGCGUUAAUGCCCUCAAUGGUGGCGCAAGUGUCAUUUACGAUGGUAACCACGAUGGUAUCCUUGCUCCUGGAGGUCAAGACGUUUUCAACAACAAGGUUAUUGCUUACCACUACUACAACAAGGAGUCAGGUGAUCGUACUCUUCGCAUCAACGAUAUAUACUGGGGAGACGAUGGUUGGCCUCGCUUUUAG